CUAUGCAUCUAAUUUGACUUUACGUUUAGGUUAUAUGUAGAAUCAUACAGAUAUUUCAUGCGAAACGCGUCUUGUGAACACUCAUGUCCGGCUAGAUCUAAGUUUCAGACUGUUGAAUGAACUUCGAUUACGCAUUCACAAUGGUAUGAACCGUUAUAGGGGUGUAUAUAAUUAUUUAAGAUACAGAUCAGAGCAAACUAUAUCUUACUAUUUAGAUGGCCCGCACAUGUUGUUUUGAAGUCCUUCAGGAGGGAUCAAUCAUUAAUGGGGGGUCAAUCCCACACAACCCCGCCUGUAAUUAGCUUAUUUUCGUGCGGUGUAUUGGUUUACUUUAAAUGCACAGUAUUAAUGCAUCAUCUCAGAAAUAUCUGUGUUUCUGUGCUUUUCUCCAGGGCGGUGGGUAAAACCUGCCUGCUGAUCAGCUACACCACAAAUGCCUUCCCCGGCGAGUACAUCCCUACAGUAUUUGACAACUAUUCUGCCAAUGUGAUGGUGGAUGGUAAACCAGUCAACCUUGGCUUAUGGGAUACAGCAGGGCAGGAGGAUUAUGAUCGCCUCCGUCCGCUCUCAUACCCGCAGACGGAUGUGUUUUUAAUAUGCUUUUCUUUGGUGAGCCCAGCGUCCUUUGAAAACGUCCGUGCAAAGUGGUACCCAGAGGUGCGGCAUCACUGUCCCAACACACCCAUCAUCCUGGUGGGCACCAAACUGGAUCUGCGAGAUGAUAAGGACACCAUAGAGAGGCUGCGGGACAAAAAACUAUCGCCCAUCACUUACCCACAAGGCCUGGCGAUGGCCCGUGAGAUCGGUGCUGUGAAGUAUUUGGAGUGCUCGGCUCUAACUCAGCGUGGUCUAAAGACUGUAUUUGACGAGGCCAUCCGUGCCGUCCUCUGCCCUCCACCCGUCAAAAAACGCGGCAAGCGCUGCACCCUCUUCUGAGUUACACAGGCGACGACAAUUCCCGGCACCUCCACACAAACUACAGUAUUUUUAAUCAGCCUCUUGGAAAAUAUAUUGUACUACUCUCACAGGUUGGGUGACAGCCGUCCAUGAAGUUCUAAUGCACAUUACAUGUAUAUGAACCAUUGGCUAGACGCGUCCAGGCGGAGGGAAACAUGUGGUAGAUGGCUUCUGUUUUUUUUUGUCGCUGCCCAGAGACGUCAUAUUUCAUUUCACAUCGUUUAUAUGAGAAGUGUUAGUGGUGCGGUGUAAUCGUUGACAUACUGUAAGGAAGUGUUUUCUUGGUGUCGUAAAGGAAGCGUGUCUAAGGAGUGGGAAAGUAAUGUCGGUUCUUGUACAAAGCUAACCAUACGCAGUAUUACCAUUGCUGAUGGCAUUAAAGUCAACAUGAAAUAGCAUUCGUGAUACAUUUUAUAUCCAUAACAAGUAAAACGGGAUGUUCGCUGACGACUGUUUGGAUUGUGAAAAGUGCUAUAAAGGGAAUAAAAUUUAGUUUCGCAAUGAAAUUUCGAGUAAGUUAUGAAAAUAAGUAUAUUCUUUGAGUGUUCAAAACUUCGCAAAUCGCAUACUAUUCGAGUAGGUGCUACAUUUGAGUAUGAACUUCACUACCUUUAGAAAAGUUUGUACUAUAUAGUAUGGGUGUAGUUCGCAUAUACUACAUCCGCCAUGUUGUCUUUAUCACAUAAACUACAUGCAUCAGUUGCGUUGAUUUGCUCAAAUUUCGCCUGUCCUCAUGGGGUAGUAUAGUGUUGGAAUACGUACUUCAGAAUCUCGCCUACUGUUUUUCAAAUACUACUCUGUUUUUGACUAUAUAGUAGGGUAGUAUGUGAUUUUUGGAUGCACCACUGUUAUUUUUAAUGUGCUUUUGAACAUUCCAUUGUAUAAUUUUGUAAAGAUAAUGGAAAGUUUUACUUCUGGAUGGUCUAAAAAUAGCAACAAUUAAAUAAAACCUUCUGUGAACAAUUCUUACAUUUAAGACGGUAUCGCGGCUGGGAAUUGGCACAGGCCAUUGAUAAUGUCUCUGGGGCCCCCCAUAAAUGUAUGGGCCCUGAAAUCUUCCUAAACCCCCUCCCAAGCGGCGCCGCUGCUAACAUUACUAAAAAGCGCAUAGCUUCGAAUGAACAUCGCUGUUAAUUUUGUCGAUGAAAAUGGCUUGAUGCAAACCGAAAAUUGACAUGUCUGCUGCGCUAUUAUUGUGACCUAAUUUUACGCACUCUGAUCCGCUCAUCAAAUGAAUAAACAGCGCAAUGCAGCAGAUUAUAACAAAAAAAUUGUGGUUUGUUUUAAUAUUUUUGACUAGUAAUUUUUUUGUUGACAAUAUAAUGUGCUGUUAAAAGUUAUUAAGUUACAUUAAUAGUUAUUAAGUACCAAGCUAUAGUCAACACACAUUUUUCGCCUUUAUUUUCAUAGACGAAAUUAGCAACGUAAUUGGUCAAAGCAUUACUUAAAUGGGUGUGCUUUUUCAAUAUUAUGACUAAGGUUACAGUACGAAUACAUUUGAUAUUUAUAUAUAGAACAGUGCUUGACGUAAACCGAAAAUUGACAAUUCUGCUGCGCUAGUAUCGUAACCAAAUUUUGCACGAUCUGAUCCGCUCAUCUAAUGAAUAAACAGUGCAAUGCAGCAUAUUAUAACAAAAAAUAAUGGUGCGUUUUUAUAUUUUUGACUAGUAAUUUUUUCGUCGACAGUAUAAUGUGCUGUUAAUAGUUAUUAAGUUACAUUAAUAGUUAUAAAGUUACGUUACUUGAGCACAUUAAGUGACGUUAUUCGCGCAGAGGACCAGUCAUCUAAUUGUUUGUAUCAAGCUAUAGUCAGACAUAUUUCGCCUUUAUUUUCAUUGACGAAAUUAGCAACGUUAUUGAUCAAAGCAUUACUUAAAUGGGUGUGCUUUUUCAAUAUUACGACUAAGAUUACAGUACGAAUACAUUUGAUGUUUAUUUAUAGAACAGUGCUUGACGUAAACCGAAAAUUGACAAUUCUGCUGCGCUAGUAUCGUAACCAAAUUUUGCACGAUCUGAUCCGCUCAUCUAAUGAAUAAACAGCGCAAAGCAGCAUAUUAUAACAAAAAAUAAUGGUGCGUUUUUAUAUUUUUGACUAGUAAUUUUUUCGUCGACAGUAUAAUGUGCUGUUAAUAGUUAUUAAGUUACAUUAAUAGUUAUAAAGUUACGUUAAUUAAGCACAUUAAGUGACGUUAUUUGCGCAGAGGACCUGUCAUCUAAUUGUUUGUAUCAAGCUAUAGUCAACACACAUUUUUCGCCUUUAUUUUCAUUGACAAAAUUAGCAACGUUAUUGAUCAAAGCAUUACUUAAAUGGGUGUGCUUUUUCAAUAUUAUGGCGAAGAUUACAUUACUAUUUAUAUAUAGAACAGUGCGCAUCGCUGAAUUACUUAAACAGUGUCCAUUUAUUUCAUUUUGACUUUAAAGCCUCACGUAGUGAUGAACACUAGAUGUUUUCUUCUUCUCGAUGCUAAUUUAGCCAGAAGCUAAAAAGAAGGAAGCUGUGAAACUCGCACAUUGUCUCUCUACUGUAAUGUCGAUAUAUAAACUAAUGUAUAAAGUUAGCGAAAACACUUUUUGGAUUUUGUUAUUUUCUAGUUUUUAUUUUUAUGUAUGGAUAAACCACUUUAAUCCUGAUCUGCGAUGAAGGGUUUAACGCUACAGCUUCACAAUCCAAAAUCUCCAAGCUCUGUUUGAACAAAUGCCCAUUAUUAGGUGUGCGCGAGGGACUUGCAUGCCGCAAAACGAAGCCUGAAUGUGUCUUUAAGCGAAGGACAUGCAUGGGCAUUUGUUCUUGAUCUCUCCCUCUUUGGAAACCUUGUGAAUCUGUGUCUGCAUGUGGUGUGAGUGUGAUGUGGUUGACUGUCGAGUGUGAGCUUAAAAAAAAAAAAAAGUGUCCUGCAUCGGUGCUACUGCACUUCCUUUCUCUCACGCAAGUUUGUAAAUAACUCUCAAAAUGGACAAAAAAAAAAGUUCACAGCUGCCAAAAGACAUUUCCAUGAUGUAAGAUAGUAUAUUUACAAAACAAAAAAAUGUUUUAGAUGAGGAAUGCAUUAAUUAAUAAAUCUAUUCAUGUUUUACCCAUA